AUGGUGGCAUCUGAAGAGGAAGAGGAAGAAGAGAUAGAAAACUUAAGAGAGGAGGAUGAGAUGACAUUAGAGGAAAAGGAGUUAGAGUUGUCUUUGAACAAUAGCUCGAUAGUGGGAUUAAGUAAACCAAAGAUGAUAAAAUUUUUAAGGACCACUAAAGGACAGAAGGUUGUGAUUCUUCCUGAUAGUUGGAAGCAAACCAAUAUAAAAGUAGCUCAACAUGAUGAAAAGGUACACCGUCCAUUGUUGGGCGUGACUGAUGCGAAGAUGAGGGAGAUCAGAGAUCAAGUGAUUAGAGCUAAAGUAUACUUGAAUUUUGCACCAUCAAGCAGUAAUUCUCAUCUUGUAAAAGAGUUAAGAGUUCGAAUUAAAGAGUUGGAGCAAGCAGUGGGUGAUACCAGUAAGGAUUCUGAUUUGUCCAAGCGUGCUUUGCAUAAAAUGAAAAGAAUGGAGGCUACCGUGUACAAAGCCAGUUGUGUUGUUCCUGACUGCCCCGCUAUGGCUACUAAGCUCUGUGCUAUGUCAUACAACGCUGAAGAAAAUGUCCGGUCGCAGAAGAAUCAGGCUUCAUAUCUUCUUCAGCUUGCUGCUAGAACUACUUCAAAAGGCCUUCACUGCCUGUCUAUGCAGCUGACAGCUGAAUACUUUUCCCUGCAACCCAAAGAGAGGUUGUUCCCUAACCAAAAAAGGUUGCACGAUGCAAAUCUAUGUCAUUACGCUGUCUUCUCUGACAAUAUUUUGGCUUGUGCUGUGGUUAUUAACUCCACAGUUUCUUCGGCGAUGGUAAAUGCCUCUGCUUUUCCUGGGACCAGUUUUGCUUUUUCGGGUGCUGCAUUUCUUACUGUUUUUGGUUGGAACCGGAUGGAUAUGUAUAUAAAAUUCUCAGAUCCGUUGGUGGCAAUGAGAUUUGAUGUCAAUGCUUGCACAGGGGCAUUUGGGAUGAAUUUGUUUGAUCUUCAGCAGUGGAGGAAACAGAAUCUAACUUCUGUGUAUCAUACGUAUUUGAGAUGCGUUGUUCACGGUGGUGUGUUGGGAUAUAAGAGGCUAUUGUGGAAGGCUGAGAGCUUACCUUUAGGUUGGAUGACUUUCUAUAACCAGACAGUGGGUUUAGACAGGAGAUGGCAUUUGCCUGGGCUAGGUUAUGAGUCAGGCAUCACAAGACGAGUCAUUGAGCGAGCUGCAGUGAUUCACUAUGAUGGCAUCAUGAAACCGUGGUUAGAUAUUGGAAUUUCGGAAUAUAAAGGCUACUGGAGCAAACAUGUCAACUAUGACCUUCCAUUCUUGCAACGCUGCAACAUUCAUGACUAA